AUGGAUUCGAAAACGUGGGGACUGGUCGGCGUAGCGGAACUGGUGCUGGCCGAACGGGUGCCGAUGCGGAAGAAUAGGUCGGUGGACCAGGCAACCCCGCAGCGACGACUUGCGCAGAAAGCUCCGGCCCUCGGAGUGCCGUGCAUGUACGAGUUCUGUGACCAGAGUGGCGUAUUCUACAGCCAGGGAUUUCCGGGUCCUUACCCCAACCAGAUGUCCUGCACUUAUUGCGUCAUUGCCGUGGCUCCCGACAGAUGCUGGGUGGAGCUGUCUUUCAUCCAGUUCAACUUGCACUCGAACAACCGCCCAGACGGCCAGUGUGGCGCCGACUUCAUGGAGAUCAACGGCGUCCGCUACUGCAACCGUCAGCUGGAGGGACAGAUACGCAUCUUGGACUUCAAGGGUCCCCGCCGUAGCGUGACAAUGCAUUUCAUAUCCAAUGACCACGAUGCCGGGAAAGGAUUCCUCGGCUUCUACAAGCAACUCGGCUGCCCCACGGGAGAAGGAGGCGACGGCCGACCCCCGACGUCCCUGGGAGGAGGACCACCCGAGUUGUACCAUCCGAAACCGUAUCCGCAUCCGUCGGAUUCUUUGGGCGUCGCCACCAAACGACAGCAGCAUGAUCACCCGCAGCCCAGCUGCAACCGGCUGUACGCGCUCGAGGAGUUCGAGCUGGAGAGCCCCGGCUACCCGGGCCCUUACCGGCCGGGACUCGACUGCCGGUACUUCAUCCGGCGACACAGCGACGCCGUGUGCGCGCUGCUAGUCACAUUCGACGCCUUCGACCUGGAGUACAGCGCCGGCUGCCACCACGACUACCUGGAGCUGGCCGGCCACAAGAUAUGCGGACAGGUGCCCGCCGGAAAGACCAGUGUCUUUGCCUACUUCGUAGCGACCAGUGGUUUUCACAUUGCCGUCCGGCAGAACGAGUGCGACGAGCCAGCCUCAACACCCGGAGGAGGUGGAGUUCCCGCGGGCGAUGAAGAGAGCGAAUGCGACGAGACCAUCCACAAGCCCGAAGCCAUGCUGCUCAGUGCCAACUACCCGGCGAACUACGGCAACAACCUCGACUGCAGGUACACGGUGCGUAAGAUGAGCUCCUCAGUGUGCCGCCUUGAGGUGAACUUCGAGCGCUUCGACGUGGAGUCCAGCACCGACUGCGAGUACGAUUACUUGGACGUCGACCGACAGCGCCUAUGCGGGAUCUUCUCCCGCAACACAUCCGGCAUGUACGACUUCGAGGAGAACGAGAAGCAGCUCCACUUCCACUCGGAUGCGGCCAACUCCCGAGCAGCUUUCUGCAUUCGGCUGCGCCAGGUAGAGUGUGUGGACGAAGACGAGGCGGAGUCUCCGCGGCCGCCACCCUUCAGGCCCCUGCAGGGGGGCUUCACUACCUCAACCAUGGGUGUCGGAGGUGAUGGCGUCCACAGGGAGCACCACAAGUGCGACAAGAUCCUCACGAACAGACUGUUCGACGAGCGCAGCCCAAACUACCCGGGAGGAUACCCGCCCAAUCUGGACUGCAAGUACAUCGUCCUUCAGCUGGUGCCUUCCAGUGGAGCUUCAUACAGGAGCUACUGCCUUACCUGCUUGGGUCACAACGUCGGAUGA